AUGGCGUCUGCAGUGGACACACAGGGCGGGAGUGCGCCACAGCACCAAGAGUCGCCGCUCGCGACGAAGAAGCCCGACCGGGCAUCUGAGAAGAUGCUGAAGGAAUUGACCGAGUUGUUCAUCACGGAUGUGUCUGCAUACGACGACGCUGAAUUCCUUCAACAUGUGAGCCCCGACUUCCAAUGGAACAUCGUCGGGUCCUUUUUGGGACGCGGUAGAAAAGCACACUUCGAAAAGAUGAAAGAGAUUCGACAAGCCCACCCCGAUUAUCACGUCAACAUCUUGAACAUCUCUGCCGAAGUGCAGAUUGGCAAGGCCAAGACGUGGGCUCUGAUGAAGAUCAGCGGCUUUCCAGAAGGUGUGGAGAGGGAGAGCAUUCUGAUGUUCUCCUGGCGUCGCGAUGUUCAGGGAACAUGGGUCUGUUAUAGGCACGACGGCAUACGUGGAGUUGCACCUAUGCCUUUCCUCGUUUCGAAAUCUACGCCACUGGAUGAUGGAUGA